AUGUCUCCGCCUCUACAGCCGAUCACUCCGCAACGGCAGCGGAGCUAUCGCGAAUUCCUUGACAAGUUGAAUCAAGAGUACGAGCUCGAAAUCCCGGCCCCACAAGAUUGGUCGCCUAUCGCUCGUGGGAGUAAUAAAUCGGUACUAUUAGAAAUCUCCGAAGGCCUUCGAUCGCUUUUUUGGGGCCAUCGUCCGAUCUUGGACCGUAUCCUCGCUGACUUUGAGGAGUGGAUCGCCGGAAAUCAGCCACGCACCAAGCAACAGUGGAAUUUUGUGAAGUGGCAGUUCGAGCAACAACCACAAGCACUGAGCAAGACGGACAGAGACCAGCGAGUGGACCAUCUAUUUCUUUUAAUCCGGAGUGAGCUGUACUUACUCAAAAACAAGCCUCUGGUCUCCAAUAAUCGGGCCCUCAAGAAUCCCCGAGAAGCCAGUAUAGGCCAUUCACCGAAGAAGCGCCGGAUCUCGAACGGAGAUGAUGAUGAAUUUCACACAGCGCCCAACUCGCCAGCCAAGGGGCAUCAGCCCGUCACACCUGAUCUAAGGCAACUGGAAAUAUCGGAACAGAGUGAGCGGUCUUUCAACCAGCUGGGCAAUAGAUCACAAACACCAGCGCCCACUUUCUUGGAAAGACUCAGAGCUAGUGAGACAGUUCCGCACAAUGAGAGACGAUACGAUGCGCUCCGACCCGCUAUGGAUGCAGUUGACACAAGCUUCUCGAUUGUCACGAGUUCGUCCUUGGUUGCAUCGCAUAGUGAGCGACUGGAAGAGUCAUUUGCAACUGACAUAACCGAACCAAUGGAUUUUCAGUCAACCUACGCCGACUCUGUUGUCGACAUGUUCAUAGAACAGGAGAUGAGUAUGAAUGCCGACAUGCCUGCCCCGGAUGAACAGACGAACUCUAUGCAGGAGCAUCUUGUCACGCAGCUCUUGCAACAUGGGCCUUUCUCCGUUGACCAACCACUUCCAGCGAGAAUCGCACUGCGAUCUCGAUAUGAGUUGGAGCGUAUUGCACAAGCCUGGAACGUUCCACUCGACCAAAUGCUGAAGAAUUCACGUGUCUGCACUGAUCAUGAAACAUUUUGGAAAUGGGUUCAGCACCACAGUCUACGAGGAGAUCGUCCUAUGCCAGAAAAGUCCCCCCGCAGAGCUUGGGAUGCAGCCGUGGAUGACUUCAAGACGGGGAGACACUCCGAAGUCGUGGUCUUGACAGGAGAACUGGAUUGGUGCGCGAAGAACGAACCUGGCAUCUUCAAACUGCGCUUGAACCCUCUUAAACCGGAACGUACCUGUCGCUUCCAUCGACGCUUCGGAUCCGAUCGAUUCUUGACAGUUACCAUCCCCGCCGCGGCUCGACCUCCUGAGCACCUCAGACUCAACGACCAGCCAUCUGUUCUUCGACAGAGCAUUGCGUCUUGGUUAACUCGAAAUGAUCACUACUGCCUCGGACGGACCUGGCGCGCCUUCUUCGUGGAGGAAGUCAAAUCGAAGAAGAAAGUCAAGGCCGAGCCCCGCUUCCGCGUCGAGUUCUUCGCUGUGGACGGUGCAGAUUUCCUGCGUAGAUCUCUUGCGUCUCUUGCGCCGCCGAACCAAGCUAGUGAAAGGCAUACGCCGAUGAGUUUGAGCGAUCUUCUUGAAUGGCAUAUGCCUUCUGCUGCGAAUCACAACCAGAAAAGUUGCAUGUUGUUCCAACGCAUUUCUUUGGGGUUAUCGAAAAUAUGGACAUCUGUGGUUGUUCCGCCUACUCGGGUAAUCAAUCUACUUGAUGUUCGUAGGCCUGGUCAGCCUGUCAUGAAUGAUGGUUGCGCACUGGUGUCUCGUAAUUUGGCAAGACGGAUCUGUGAGCAGCUUGGUAUUAACGGCGAUAUCCCGAGUGCAUUCCAAGGUCGAAUCGCAGGUGCCAAAGGUCUUUGGAUGGUUGACAGUGAGAGGUCGAAGCAUGGCGCCUUCAGCAAAGAUGGAGGCGAUGGCAUAUGGAUUGAGAUUUCGGACUCACAAUUGAAAAUAAAACCGCACCCGGUCGACUGGAAAGGAUUUGUCGAUGAGGAGAAGCUUACUUUCGAGGUUGUGAAUUGGUCUAAACCAUUGCAUCCGGUUGAUCUCAAUAUCCAACUUCUUGGUAUUCUUGAAUUUGGAGGACAUGUGAAAGAGUACGUUGCAAAGUUGACACAUGAUGGUGUCUGGGCAUUGUAUCAUGACUUUGCGCACGUGCUACAGACAAAUGAUGCUGUUCAUUGUCGGAAUCUUCUUCAGAAGCUUCGUCCGUCUAGUGAGGAUGGUCCGACUAAGGCACGGCGCAUGGAGCAGUGGAAUAUCAGUGAUGCUGAGUACAUUAUUCGCUUGACAGAGGCUGGUUUCAAGCCUCAAUCCUUCCGCCCUCUUCGACGUCGUUUACGGAAGUAUCUGGAGUAUCUGCUUGAACAACAUGUCGAGGAACUCCACAUUCAGGUGCCACUGUCUACGUAUGCUUAUUGCAUAGCUGACCCUUACGGCGUUCUUCAAUCGGAUGAAGUCCAUUUCGGACUGUCAACAAAUUGGCGAGAUCCGAAUAAUGAGUUCCUGGACAAUAUGGUCACCGGAAGAGAUGUCUUGGUUGGUCGAUUGCCGGCUCAUGUUCCAUCUGACAUUCAACGCCGCAAGGCUGUGUGGAAAAACGAGCUCCGGCAUUUCAAAGAUGUGAUUGUAUUCCCGACAACGGGUGACGUACCACUUGCGCAUAUGUUGUCUGGUGGUGAUUACGAUGGGGAUACUCCAUGGAUCUGCUGGGAUCCUACUAUAGUGGAGGCUUUUCACAACUCGGAUCUCCCAGAUGGGGACUGCCCGCCGCAACAAUACGGCCUCACAGAGCACUCGGUGCCUAUGGCUCAGCUGCCCACGACUGCGGACUUCUUACAGAGCGUGUUCGAGUUCAACCUUACCAUGUCCAGCCUGGGAAAGUGCACAAUUGAGCAUGAGAAGGUUUCCUACGACGAGUCAAUCGAUAGUCCCAACGCCAAAGAACUGGCCUGUCUCCUCAGUCAACUUGUUGAUGGACGAAAAGGUGGUGUCCAUCUAUCUGAGCUAGCAUGGCAAAAAUAUCGCAACAAGAUCAGUCCGAAAAAACGUCUCCCGCCUGCAUACCGUCUUCCACUCCGCAAGCCCAAAACAAGUAACAUAGUCGACUAUUUGAAAUUCGAAAUCGCCAUGUCCGAACGUGAUGCGAUUCUAAAGCAGCUCAACGAUACUUUCCCCGAAGACGAAGGUCUAGAUGACCGGGACGAAGACCUCAUUCGUCCAUGGCAGGGAGCCAUCACCGCUGCCGGCAACAGUGAACCCAACAACAGAGAUUUGAGUAAUGCGCUGUCAAAAAUGGAGCAAUGCAUUAAGAGGAUCUUCGAUCAGUGGGUAAAUUCGUUCACGAACCCGAAUGAGACCGAGACUUUCUCUCCAAAAUCACGCGAAGUCAUUAGCCGGCUCGCCUCUUUCCCACCACCUGAAGGGUCCCAUUGGCUAAUUUGCCUCUGGCGCAACCGACCUGAUGAGUGGCAACGUCUACUGGGCUCCUACCUCUACCAACACCAUCCGCAUAGCACACUACCCUUUCACGCCUUUGGCGAAGCACUCUGUCAGCUCAAAGCGUCCUCCCAGUCCUCGCGCAGUAUUAUCCACGAUGUGCUCGUUACCUACCGCGUCAAUCAGAAGAUGGUUGCCCGUCUCACCGCUAGAGAGACCCUAGCCGAGCCUGAGGCGAUCGAGGAGGACGCAGACGAGUAUGAAGGCGCAGAGGCCAUUGAGUCCCUCAUUUCUUCCCAAGGCUUGGAGGCCCAUGAUGGUUUUGAUGACGGCAUAUCCGUCGAAUGA